GGGAGUGGGUCUGCGCCGUGGUGCUUGGGGCGCGGGUGGCGGAUUUUUCGCUUGCGCACGUCAGGAUUUGAGUUAACAGCUGGAGACAACAUGGGUGAUAACAUAAUACUGCAGCUGGAGGCAGCUGCUAAAGUGUUUUUGUCACCACCCACAUGUGUCUCAGCAGAAGAGAGACAUCAGGCAGAGCUGUUUUUCUUAGAGUUCCGCAAAACUCCAAGUCCAUUUGCAUUGUGCCGCACCAUACUAGAGACAUGUCAGGACUCGUACGUGCAGUUCGAAGCAGCCAACCUGCUGAAGGACGGGCUGCUGCGGGAGUGGAAGCAGCUGCCAGCUGAGGCCAUCACAGAGCUGAAAAACUACCUGCUGAACUACCUAGUCGCGCACACAGGCGCGCCCGGCUUUCUCCGCGAACGGCUCGUACAGACGGUGGCGAUCCUGGUGAAGCGCCGCAGCGUCGAGGACGGAGGCGCCCAGCGCUCGGAGCUGCUGGCCAACCUCGAACAGCUCAUCCGGUCGUCCGAUAUCAACAUGCAACUGCUGGGCUGCAGCCUGAUCGCAGCCCUGCUGCAGGAGCACGCCAACACACUCAAGUCCGCCGACGUGCUGCUCACCUGGGAGCAGCACUUCACGGCCAAGAAACAGUUCGAGGUGUCCGACCUGAAGCGGGUAUUCGAGUUCUGCCUGAGCACGCUGGUGGAGGCGGAGAAGCUGCCGGCGCUCAACACGCCGCAGCAGGUGACGCUGGUUGACCGCCUGCUGCGCAUCACCGAGAGCAUCCUCUCCUGGAGCUUCACCAACUUCAACAUCAAGUCUCAGCGUCUGAUCGCCGUGUUCGAGUCGGAGCAGAACCCGUCGCUGCGGCCCGGCAUCCAGUGGCGCGAUCUCAUGCUCAACCCGGACGUGGUCAGCCUCUUCUUCAAGAUGUACUGGAAAGUGCACCAGGAGGACCAGCUAGCGCACACCUGCAUCAACUGUCUGAACCAGUUGGCGUCUCUGAACGGCACUGUCAUCGGCGCCAAGGACCCCCGCGUCAGCUACGCCUCUCACUUCGCGCAGAACCUGCUCAACAUCCUCGCAUACGAGCAGCUGCCGAGCACGCAGAGUCUGGGCGUGGCCGGCAUCGUGCUGCGCUUCGUGCUCUUCUUCCCGACGCCGAUCCUGGUACACCUGCCGGCGGAGCUGGUAGACAGCCUGCUGCUCGAGCUGACGCGCGCCACCUGCCGCUUUGCGCGCGCCGCCGCCACGCAGGAGGAGCUGCACGUGGACGACCAGAUGUACCGCGAGGCGUUCGGCAAGCUGCUGGAGGCCUGGAUGAUGCUGCUGCAGGAGGGCGACAGCUUCCCCUCCGGCAUGUAUCAGCUGUCGGCCACGCAGAUCUUCGAGACGUACCUGCAAGUGCACCUGGGAUCCCCGGACGGCUCGCGCGGCCUGACGUCCGACACCAGCGACGACGUGGAGGAGUCGGAGGAGAGCGACCGCGUGGCGUACCGGGACCAGCUGGCCGCCAUCGGCGCCUUCGGCCGCAAGAUCCCGGAGCGCUCCGUGCCUCUGGUGACCCGGCUGCUGGAGGCCCAGACGGAGCGCCUGCAGCGCCACCUGCAGCAGGUGUACCAGCAGGCGGCCCCGCCCGCCGACCGCCAGCAGCUGAUCGCCCUGCACGAGGACAUCCACUGGACGCUGAUGAUCGCAGGUCACGUGCUGGCACUGGACCUGCGCAGCGAGACGUCGCUCAUCUCGCCACGGCUGAACCAGUUCUCGGUCAGCUUCCUGAGCCCGGCCGACCGGCCGCAGGACCCGGCCGUGGUGGCCGCCAGUGCCGCCGCGCUGCGGCUGGCCGGCACCGACCCCGCUCGGACGCCCGAGCUGCCCGACAAGGUGGACCCCAUCGUCAGGCUGGUGGCGUGCGGGGUGCGCAUCCUGAAGAUCCUGCAGACGGCGGCGCAGUCGAAUCUCAGUGACGUCAUCAGUCCCGAGGUGACCUGCACCACGCUCUGGUUCAUGCAGCGCGUCACGCUCACCUACCUGAUGCCCAACGAGAACUACUACAACCUGCUGUCCGCUAGCCUUCUCAGCGCUUUUGGUACAGACAGCGAGUCCAGUCUCUGGAUCGUCGGCUUUUUGCUGUCGGCGGUGCGGCAGAUGCUCACCACCAUGGCCUCGGAGCCGGACGUGGUUUCAGAGACCGUACAGCUCCUGGAUACGCUCUGCGAGUCGAAGGAAAGGGGUCGGGCGGUAAUCCAGUGUGAGCAGCUGGGGCCUCUCGUCAGCCUGGUCUCGGGCGACCUGCAACUGCCGUCGGUGGCCCGCCGCGGCCUCCUCAAGGCGCUGGUGAGCGUCGCCUCGACGGCGCCCGAGCCGAGCGUCACGGCCGACUACCUGGCCAGGCUGCUGGCGCCGCUGCGCGCCUCGUUCGUGGCCGUGAUGACGGCGCCCGACUUCCGCAGCCUGUACCACGAGGACGUGGUGCGGCUCAAAGUACUCGGUCUGGUCGAGGCGUUCAUCGGCGUGUCGCAGGGAGCACAAGUACAAAACUCACAGCACGUGUUCCCCGUGCUGUCGGAGACGCUGUCAGACACACUUCAGCUGAUGGACAUCUACAAAAACUACCGCCAGAUAUUCGAGCUGAUCAUGCAGCUAUACGCCGAGACGGCCAAGCGCAUGCUGUGCUUCUUGAAAGCGACGGAGAGCCGCAGCUUCUACGACUGUUGUCUCAAGAUGAUCGCCACGUACGCGCGGCACCAGAGUAACCUGCGCGUUUCCGUGGGCGACUCGUCCGCCGAGGAGGACAGCUUCUCCGACCUGCUGCUGCUCAUGGAGCUCCUCACCAACAUGCUGACGAAGGACAUCAUCGACCUCGGCGGGCAUGACGGUGGCAGCGACGGCGAGGACGUGGCCGCCGCCGACGUGUGUCUGUACGGCCUGAACACGAUCAUGCCGCUGAUGAGCGCCGAGCUGCUGCGCUUCCCGGCGCUCUGCCUGCGCUACUUCAAGCUCAUCACCUUCCUCUGCGAGAUCACGCCCGUCCGGAUCCUGGACCUGCCGGAGAGCUUGCUGGACAACAUGCUGAGCUCUGUGCGGCUGGGGCUGACCGAGUACGGACCGGAGGCGAGCGCGCUGGCGCUGGACUUCCUGCACCAGCUGACCAGUCACGUGGUGCUGAACCACCUGCCGGCCGAGCACCGCGUGCGGCAGGCGCUGCGGCCCUUCGUCAAGCACCUGCUCGACCUCAUCCUCUCCAACGGCGUCAACUCGGAGGUGCUGCAGGGCUCCAGCGGCGCCGUGUUCGCGCUCAUCUGCUGCUUCCAGGAGGAGUACCGGGAGCUGGCGAUGGCGCUGAUCCGGACCCAGGGGGACGGCGAGCGCGGCCAGCGGCUAGCCAAGGCUUUCACAGGCCUCACCAGCUCGGUCGACCGCUCGCUGGACCGCGUCAAUCGGCUCAAGUUCCGCGACGCCUUCAAGGAGUUCCUGGUGGAGAUCCGCGGCUUCAUGAUGGUCAAGUAGGCUGGCUGUGAUACGGCCGGUCGGCCGGCCGCGUAGCAGUGCCUUGGCGGGCGGCGGGCGUGACGAGGCCGUGGCCGUGGACAGGGGCGGCGCGCGCGGCACCGGCCGCUGCCGUCGCGACCGAGCCGACCCGGUGUGUGUCCAGUGUGCGUGUAUGUGCGCGUGUUUGUGUAUUUAUGCGCGGUCAGCUCAGGAGGCGGCGGGCGCCGUGAGUCCGGGCGCUCGAGGGACGCUACGCGGCGCCGUGCCCCGCGAUCGCCGAUGUCAUGACGGCGGGUGGACUGGUGCACGCCGAGCCGCGGCGGGGUGGCGACUGGCGCCCCCGCCAGCGCGGGACACCACCGCGCGCGCGCGCGCGCCGCCCGGCGAGCCUGCGCCGCCGCGCCGCUCGCAAACCGCAUCUCCGUCCUCGUCCGCCGCGAGUGGCACCCCCAGCGGCCUGUUUCCUUGUUCCGUUGUGUUGCGUUGCUCGAUCUCUCGCUGCUUGCGCCGUGCGUGCGUGGCUGGGCUGCGUGGGCGCGCCUGCGCGGUAGCCGUCCGUGUCACCUCCGAGGACGCGCGGCGCGUCCGCAGCGACGCGGCCGCGGGACAGCGGCACGCCCGCCGGACGAUCUCACCGGGAGAGCCGUUCUCAGCGAGCUUUGAUGUUUUAUCUCGAUCCGCCGGCUCCGUAAUGGCCUGGCGUGUGUCGAAUGCAGGCCCAGACAUAGCAGAGGUGCCCCACGGACUGGGCGUUUUCGGUUUGGUUGACGCUGACUACCGUAGCAAACCGAUCAAAAUGUGAGGGUCUGUUUUUACAGGUUCGAAGUGUUACAUCGGUCCUCGGCUGCUAGUCCUGCGCAUGGUAUUCUACGCUCGUGUGUCGCCGGCGGUCGUCGUGUGGUGCAGUGUACAGACUCGUUGACGUUUACAAAGUCGUUUGAUAAAAUACUGUAUUU